UCUCGGACCUGUGCCUUUUGUCAGUUCUCCUCACGUGGCAGUUCCUUCUCUGAGCCUGGGUGUUGGAACUGCUCACAUUAUAACCUUGUUUCAGGCAACAGGAGGUGGCAGGAAAACAGAGAGUGUGUGCGAGGAAGGCUCCACGUACAAGAAGCUGAUAGAGAGGCUUGUGAGGAAAGUUUUGUGUGCCCCUUGACGGGCACUGCCCGGGAGGAGGAAGAACAGCUGCAGAAGGCUCUGGAUCCUCAGGAGGGGGACCCAGGCCCUAUCACCAUGGCCCACAGGCAGUCCGUCAUCCGGGACCCCGCCCAGGACAGGGGCACAGCUGGGGAGAGCCUUACUGUGCCCGUAAUGCCAGCCACCCCACACCAAGGCCAUGGAAGAAAGAGGCCCUACCCGGAGGAUGUGGGUGACCAGGGCCCCAAGUGUGUCUCCAGCACGAGCCACCACCAGCAGUGCAAGGUGAAGAAGGAGCCUGCUGCAGCUGGCUGCAGCACAGGGUCCCUGGCCUGGCAGGCUUGGGGGACCUCUGCUGCGAGCUGCCCUGCAGCCGACGAGCCUGGGGCAUCCCGAGGGAAGCCCUACAUGGGCAGCUAGCGCGGGGAGACCUUUAUGUGGAUCUCACAUUUCAUCGAUCAUCUCAGGAGCCACAGUGGCAGGAAGCUCUACACAUGCCAGGACUGCUGGAGAACCUUCCACUUCAGCCUGGCCCUGGCUCAGCACCAGAAAACCCACGAGAAGGAGAAAAGCUAUGUGUUGGAGAGGGCCCUGGGCACCCACCCUGCCACCCAUGGAUCCUGUGCCGGUGGGAGGAUUGGCGGGCUCCCGGAGUGCACAGAAGGUGAUGUUUUCCCUCUGUAGUCUGAGGCACAGAGAGGAGCCGCUUUGCUCUAAGUGUCCCCAGAGCAGGACAGCUCUGCUUGCCUGGGAGUCCUGAGCAGUGUUUCUGGCUUCUUCAGAACCCAUGCGUGGCUUCCUGCAGUGUCUGUGUGCACACAAGUGUGCUUGUUUUCUAGAUAAGCUCAUGUGGCUAAAGCACUUAGAACCCAGGAAGGGCCCGUGGGAAGCCCUCACCUCCUUGAAAACACACCCGUGCAGAUGCUCGCAAGUGAGCACAAGCCAUCAGAUGUGCAAGAAGACUCUUUCUUCUGGAGCCAUUUUAUCACCACCCACACUUUGGAACAUUUGUCAGUGUUCAAAGUGUAGAGUUGCCUUAAGGUGUGUGAUCUGCCAGCUCGUCCUUGAAGUCAGCCUUGUCUCCCUUCCUCCUGUUUGAGCUCCCCAGCGCUGUUGUUCAAGCAGAAAUCUUGCCAGCUGUUUUGGCCUUUUCAUAAAUACGCGAUGUCAAGUUCACUUCUGAAUCCUCGAUAGCAAACUGUGUCCCGGUUGAACUCACAUGUUUUUAUGUGGGUGGAGUGACUUACAAAGAUCAUGGAAAUGCUUGGAGCCUAGUAAUGCAGUGUUUUCACACUGUGCAUCUCAGCCCAUUAGUGAGUUGUUAAAUCAAAUUGGUGGGUGGCUACCGGCAUUACAAAGCAAUAGAGUAGAAUAAAACAGCUCAAAAUUCAUCAUGUAGUAAAGGUAAAUACUGUUUUGCGAAACUUUUCAGCCAUAUAUCUAAAUAUAAAAACUGGUCACAACGUAAAAUCUAUUUUUUACUGAGUAGGGGGAGGUCAUGAUCAAAACAGGUUGAAAACGCUAAUAAAGGUUGAUGAGUUCUGUCUGUCUGAGUAAGGGUAACGUAACUCCUUGGGCUACAUAAGGUGAUCUUUUGAUUUUUGCAUUGAAUUCGGAUUACAGCAUUGUUUCUGUUGCCUGAGCAUAAACUUAACUGCUUCCUAUAGAUACAGAAACUGGUGCCUCCUUCUGUCACUGUGUUUGAGCAUGGUGUCUGUUGUAAUGAUUCCCAAAUCACAGGGGCUUAACAAAAGAAGUAUUUCUUCCGUCA